GCGCGGGCGCACGCCGUGACGUCACGGGGGCGAGGCGGCGGCGGCGGAAGCGGCGCUCGGGGCCGGGCAGGGCCGCGCUGCCGCCCCUCACCGCCCCUCACCGCCCCUCACCGCCUCACCGCCCCUCACCGCCGCCUCCGGCCCUCACCGCCGCGCUCACACCCGCCAUGAGCUGCCGGCAGCCGCUGCCGAGCGAGCGGGGAGCGAGACAGAGGAAGAGGAGAAGGAAUGGCAAUGAAGAUGAUGGUCAUGUUCCCCAGACCAAACGUAGCACCAGGAACACUGUCCUCCAGGACUCGUGGGACACUGAGAAGGUGGCUGUAACGAAGCUCACUAAGGAGCGCAGACUAAAAGGAAACAAAGUGUCCUGUGCGUCCUCCAGCAGUGACAGUGGGAGCAGCAGCAGCAGCAGCUGUAGCAGCAGCAGCAUCAACAGCCCCGACAGAGCAGAGUCCAGCCUCAACCCCAGGAUUGCAGGAUCCAGCCCUGUCUCUUCCCAGCCCUUCCACGAGCAGUCUGCACUAAGCCAAGGUCCUUACUUCCACAUCAACCAGAUCCUGAAGGAAGCCCACUUCCACAGCCUACAGAGCCGGGGACGCCUCCCUACAUGAUGACCCAGCAGCUCCCUGCCUUCUGUGAAGGGACAGCACUGUGUAGAUUUGAUAUUUCAACUUCAAAGUUUGUUAAAAUGGAAUUGCACAAAAUUGCCUGUUGCCUUUUCAGUCUAUAUUUGAAAUAACAGGUUAACAGGAGAUUGUUUACUUGUGGUUUGCUGCACUAUUGCAAUGCAAAAGGGGCUUUGGAGCAAUUUUUAUAGGAUUCUUUUUGGGGUGGUUCUAAAGUACGUGGCAAGAGGAGACUGAGGAGUCCACAUGUGUGUUAUAGGAUUGCAAACUGUCCAAUUCCAAUCGACUGCCUAAUCUGUUUGUUAGCAAGUUGUUGCUUUCUGUAAAGUUCUCUUAAGCGUUCCUCUUCAGUUUUAUAAGUCUUUUUUUAAUUUCAAUAAACUAGUUAAAAAAUGA